AUGAAUUCCUCUGAUCACUAAUAAUAGAAUUCAGUUGGUUGGUUAUUAAAUUUAGUGGGUAAAUUUUCUCCAAAAGAUUUGGAAAAAUCAAAUCUUAAAGAAAUUGGAGAAGAAUAUAUGAAAAAGAUUUUACUCUAUCCUUAACUUUAAUCAGGAAAUGUUUUUAGUUACAAUUAAUAAAAAUAAGAAUUCUCUGAGAAACUAUUUCAUAUAUAUCCUAAUAUUCUUAUAUGUUAACAUGAUAAGAUUCAUACUCAUUUAAUAUUGAGUAAUUGCAGUAUUUAAAAAGAGUUAAUCUAAUAUAAAGAAGCAAAAACUUAUGGAUUAAUAAUAUCUAAUAAUUUAGGUAACACUUACUUAUUCUUUUCAUAAUUUAUUCAGUAUAGAAAUUGGUAUAAAUUAAUGAAAUAAUAUUGUAAAUUAAAUGAUUUUUUUGGAAAAUACAAAUUAACAGAUAGAAUGUUACCAGGAGUAUAUUAAUGCUAUAAAAAAUCUGUAAUAUUAAUAAUAAUAAUAAUAAUAUAGAAUAAUGCUUAAUUCACAGUUCAAAUUUACAAAAUGGAAGAUUUUGAAUAAUGGCCUGAAAUAGAAGAAGUAGUUCAUAAUGAAAUUUAAAUGCUGCGGUCUAUUAAGCAUUAAAAUUUAUUAUAAUUAAGAAGAGUUUAUGAAGAUGACUCAUAUUUAUUUAUCCUAUAUGAACAUUUCAAAGGAGAGUCACUUUAUAAUUUAAUAUUAACAAAUCCCUUACACGAAGUUCAAAUAGCUUCAGUAAUUACCAUCUCUAUUCAAUUAGAUUGUUUAUUAAAUAUUACAAUUACUUAAAUUUUUAGAUAAACAUUAAUUUUAUCAUGGAAAUCUUAAUCCUCUAAAUAUAAUUAUUAACUCUAAUAAUUAACUCCUUUAGAUCUUUAUGAUUAAUUUGUCUUUUAAGGUAUUAAAUAUUAUUAUUACAUAAAUAUAGCAAUAUAGAAUAAAUGAUAAAUUAGACUGGAUAUUAAAUAGAUAAAUUGAAGGAUUCAUAGCACCUGAAUUUUAUAAUGGAGUACCACCAAAUAUUACUUCUGAUUUAUAUAGUCUAGGUGUAUUACUUUAUUUUAUGACAUUUCCAUCAUAAUUACCAAGUGAAAAACAUUUUGAUAAAUAUGAAAUUGAUACUACUAAAAUUUAGAAAUUAUUAUAAAAGAAAUUUUCAUUAAUUCCUAAUGAUACAACCUCUCCACUUGAUAAAUCAAUAGAAAAAAAUAUUAGUUUAAGUGAAUUAGAUUUAUUAUCUAAAUUAUUAGAAACUAAUCCUAGUAUUUAUUUCUUAAAUAAUAGAGCAUAGAAUUACAAUAUCAGAUAGUAUGAAACAUCAUUGGUUUGUGAAUAUAAAGAGUAAAAUUAAAUAAUUAAAUGUUGUUAAAAAGAAAAAGGUAGAAUUGCCUUCAUUAAGAACAAUUAUAGAAUUAAGAUCUUAAAGUGAAUUAGAUCUAAAGAUUUAAUCAUAACUAUCUAAUAAUAGAAGAUAGUCUAAAUUAGCUCUUAAUUAGGUUGAUGAUUUUGAUGUAGGUAAUCUAUUAAAAUAUUAAAGUUAGUUCCUGAUGAAGGACAUCCUUUAGAGUAGGUAGCUGAUCUAGAUUUUUGUUAGUUGCUAAGAAGCAGUACUUAAUUAAGAAAAUUAUAAACCUUAAGUAACAAAUCCAUUGGAUGA